AAGUGCGAGAGUGCGAGAGCACGAGAACUGAGCGAAUAUUCACGACUCAUGCAUUUCUAGAAAAGUCCGACAGCGGCAUUUUUGCAUUUUCAUAAGCUCACAACUUUGUGCGGUAAACGGCGUGUUUUUAACAACAUUAAAUAUUUUAAACUGUUAAAAAGCUCUUAAUUGGAAAAAAGAAGAUAAUUGAAGAAAAAAUGGAUAAGGUGAACGAACUGAAGGAAAAGGGCAACACAGCGCUAAAUGCUGAGAAAUUUGAUGAGGCUAUUGCUGCCUAUACAGAAGCCAUUGCGCUGGACGCCAACAAUCAUGUGCUUUACAGUAAUCGUUCUGCGGCCUUCGCAAAGGCCGGAAAAUUUAAAGAAGCUCUCGAGGAUGCUGAGAAGACGAUCUCUUUGAAUCCCACUUGGCCCAAGGGUUAUUCACGCAAGGGUGUUGCGGCCGCCGGUCUCCGAGACUAUAUGAAGGCUCUAGAAGCCUACAACGAGGGUCUGAAGUAUGAUCCGCAAAAUGCGAUUCUUUUGCAAGGUUGCCAGGAGAUUACGGCAGCUGUGCUUAAUAUGAUGCAGUCUCGCGGUGAUAUUCCCAUGGACGUUGAUCCUCAGUCGGGCAGCUCGCCUUUUGAGAGGAAAUCGCAACCGUCCAAGCCGGCGGAGCCCCCAAAGCCGGCUGAGCCGCGUGUGGAGGACAUGACCGAGGAAGAGCGUAAAAAGUACUUUGCCAAGAAGGAAAAGGAGCUAGGCAAUGCUGCUUAUAAGAAGAAAGAUUUUGAAACUGCCCUCAAACACUAUCAUGCCGCCAUCGAGCACGAUCCGACUGACAUCACGUUCCAUAACAAUAUUGCGGCUGUGUACUUUGAGCGAAAGCAGUAUGAAGAGUGCAUCAAGCAGUGCGAGAAGGGCAUCGAGGUGGGACGUGAAAAUCGUGCUGACUUUAAGCUAAUUGCGAAAUCCUUGGCUCGUAUCGGCAACACCUAUCGCAAAAUGGAGAACUAUAAGCAAGCCAAAUUCUAUUAUGAGAAGGCUAUGUCUGAGCAUCGUACUCCGGAGAUAAAGACAUCGCUCAGCGAAGUUGAAGCCAAAAUUAAGGAAGAAGAGCGACGUGCAUACAUUGAUCCAGUCAAGGCCGAAGAAGAGAAGGAAAAAGGCAACGAGUACUUCAAGAAAGGUGACUACAGCACUGCUGUUAAACAUUAUUCGGAGGCCAUCAAACGUAAUCCGGAUGAUCCCAAAUUGUAUAGCAAUCGAGCAGCAUGUUAUACAAAAUUGGCUGCAUUUGAUUUGGGUUUGAAGGAUUGUGAUACUUGCAUUAAGCUCGAUGAGAAAUUCAUCAAGGGUUAUAUUCGAAAGGGAAAGAUUCUGCAAGGCAUGCAACAGACCUCUAAGGCUUCAGCCGCGUAUCAAAAAGCAUUGGAAUUAGAUCCGAACAAUGCUGAGGCAAUCGAUGGCUAUCGUCAAUGUUCAAUGAAUUUCCAACGUAAUCCACAAGAGGUGCUCAAGAAUGCCAUGUCUGAUCCGGAAAUACAACAAAUUCUCAAGGAUCCGGCCAUGCGCAUGAUACUCGAACAGAUGCAGAACGAUCCAAAUGCUGUUAAAGAACAUUUACAAAAUCCGGCUAUAGCUGACAAGAUAAUGAAACUACUGGAAUCAGGCAUUAUACAAAUCCAUUAGAUUACAGAAAUGAGAGAAAAAGAAAGCAACACAGAAAAGCGUUCAGGAUAUACAUUAAUCUAAACAAUAUGCAUUACAAGUAAAACUAAUGUCCUGCCACAAAAAAACAUGUUGAACCUUAAAAUAUAAUGUAAGAAAUUACCUUAAAUAUCACCGCUAACGCUGACAUGACUAUAAACUAAACUAAAGCAGACAAAAGAAAAAACUGUUUGAAAAAA